AUGGAAUUUGUAAAUUUAAAGAAUGGUGAUAGCCAAGUGGCACGUUUAGUAUCCCGUGUUGUGCACUUGGUAGAUUAUGGAGCAGAGAUGGAACAUCAUUUAGCAUUUUUGGUUUAUUGUCGAGCAUCUUUUGGAAGAUUCAAUGAGCUUAAGGAAACUCUCGUUCACUCUAGAAAUUCUUUAGCAAUUCAAUCUUUACAAUGUGCUAAGAAAGAUCUGAGUUUUUUCAAGUCAUGUGUCACAUUUAGCGAAGUCACAAUACCUUCUAUCUAUAGUCAGAGACAAUUUGAUCUUUUUCUUGAGACUACAGAGGUUGAUUUUUUAGUGGGCUUGGUUUCUCAUGUAGAUGGAUUGAUUGAUUCAGGAAUCAACUGUUUGUAUAUCUUGGAUAGAGUUGUUAGCUUUCGAACUCCAGAUGAUAUUGAAGUGAUUGUAGAGUUUGAACGGGAUGCUCACAUUCUUGUCUGGUUUAUGUCAAAGCAACAAGUUUCGUUUUGGCAUGGUGUACAUGGCAUGGAAGUUUCAACAUGCGAGGAAGUGAAGAAACUUAAUGGAAUCAUCAGAAGAUGGAAGCUUGAAGUUAUACUUCAGGUUUAA